CUUCUCCAGCCUCAAAGCAAAUCUGCCGAUUCCAGCACAUCUCAUCAUCUCCCUUUAGAUCUGCUGAUUUCAUCGCACGACGUCGACUACUCCACCACACGGUGCCUCCGCCGCUCCGCCGGCGUCGCUGCCCUUACCUUCGCUUUGGUGCCUUCGCCCUCCACCAUCGCUCUGUUUAUGUAUCUCCGAAUUCUCAGGUGUCCUAAUCCCUUCUCCGGCGGCAGCAAGGACUCCUCCGGCAAAAAGAGUGACUCCUCCGGCGACAAGCAGAAAGACUCCGGCAAAAAGAAGGACUCGUCCCGCAAAAAAGGUUCUGGCGGAUGAGCACGGCGGAUUCCUGAUCGAAUACUACGUACUAGCUAGCACCUUACAUACACUCACUUAAUUAAUUAUGUAUAUAUAUACACACAUAUACAUACAUAUGCCGGCGGCGGGCCACUCCGGUCCGAU